UGCUCCAUUUCUGAGUGAGUUUUGAGCCCACUGACAAAAAGGCAAUGACAAUUUGAUUUAUUAAAAUCAAAAACCUACAUAAAAAUACAAAAAUAAUUUGUAGCUACAGUGGAUGUUCAAUGUUACAGGGUAGUUGACACUAUAUGACUGAUUUAACUGUUUUUUAGAGUGAUGCGUGCGGAAAGAAAGUGUUCUUGUGUCUGGUUGUUUUGGCAGGAAGUGCUCUGUAGCACCUACUAGAGGGGAGAAGUUGGAACUCACAAAUCAUUAUUCUAUACAGACUAUUUAUAUAUUUAUCUAUAGAUCAUCAUCAUUAUAUCACACAACAGUAUAACUGCCAUGUAAGAAAAUGGUAGACUCUUAGUGGCUCAUAACAACAUCGAUGUAAAUGACAUUGGUUUGUAGAUUAUUUGGUAAUCAAGGAAAAUUUUCAGCAGGCUCUCAAUAAAACCUCCAAAGACAGAUGUGAGUCAAGGUUAGAUAAAAAGGCUAUGUUUAGAGUGAUAUUAGAAUGGAAUGUGACAUGGAGAAACAUUUUACGUCAGUCAUUACCUAAAUUCCUCUCAACAUCCCAAGUCAUUCCCUCACCCACUUGAUCCAAAUUCGCUGCACCCAAGUGAUUGUACUUUUCAUCUCAUGCUCUGGCUAAAAGGCGCACCCUAUCACCCUAUCUUGUCAUGUGUUGGCUGAGUGGGUGCCAUCUUUGUCAGCUCGUGUGGCUCGGUGGUGGGCUUCACAAGGCGAAGCUGGACAGAAGUGAAUUGAUUCCCAGGGAUUAAGGAUUAAGACUUCCCCGGCUGCUUCGGUGGAGUAAAUCUGGGGAUUAUGAUGUCAACAGCCUGUGGCUGCAAGAGGAAAUUGAAUUGUGAGGGACAGGAGCGGCGAUGGCCCAGGAUUACAGCACAGUCAGUGAGAAAUCAGAGUUGGGAGUCUGUGUCUGUGCCUUUCUCCUGCUCAGGAAAUCCUCCAUGGGACACCAGUUGCUGCCUUUGGGGUGUAAGAAUCACAUGCUCACCAACUCUUGCUGUGGCUGCUCCUGCUGCUACCGUUAAAUUUGAAGGGCUCACUAAAACCAACAGGAUGAAGGUAAAAUGGACCCAGCUGGGUUUGGUGUUCUUCCUCGUUUUAUCUCUGGUGAUGACAGGAUGCUUCUUCUGGCAAUAUCAGCUGCCAAAAGUCCUGCCAGAUGAAGGCAUGGGUCGUAAUGCAAAAUCAGAGAUGAUGUGUCCCCGUUUCCCCUCUCCUCUUCAGCUGGAACAUCCUAUCCCUAGUCUGAAAGAGGCCCUGGAAAAGGUGGACGUUUUGCUUCGGCAAAGCAUCAACCCCAUCAGCCUUCCCUCUCUGUCCGCCAUUGUGAUCUUAAAUGACACUGUUUUGUGGACUGGCAACUUUGGAAAAAGGAACGGCAGUGACCCACUCUCAGGACCACCCAACGAGUACACGAUUUAUAGAAUUGCCAGCCUAUCCAAAAUCUUCCCAACUCUGAUGAUGUACAAACUGUGGGAGGAUGGUAAGAUAGGCUCCCUAGAUGAUCCGCUGGAGAAAUAUGUGGAGAACUUCACCAUCAAAAACCCUCUGGGCAAAUCGCGAGACUCGGAGCUGAAAUAUGUGACAGAUGGCCUGAUAUUUCUGGACAGCGGGGAGGUUCAGAUCCGCUCCUCUUCAGUCACCCUGCGCAGGAUGGCAAGCCAGCUCUCAGGCCUACCAAGGAGACUGCGAGCCACAAAUCUGCUCUGGAAAGGAAAAACACAAUCUGCAAUCAAUCUGCUGCAAGAUGAUGUACUUGUCGCAGACCCAGGCACAAAAUGUCACUACAGCAACCUCGCCUUCUCACUGCUGGCUCAUGUGAUGGCCGAACGAGUUGCCGCUGUUGACUACCAGCGGUGGAUUACAGACAACAUUCUGGACCGGCUUGGGAUGGAGGACACCGGCUUUGACAUCAACCCGGGUCUCUUAAGCCAGACGGCUGUGGGAGUGUACUCCAACGGAAAACCAGCCCCGCUUUAUGAUCUGGGUUGGUACCGGCCCUCGGGUCAGAUGUUCUCCACUGCCGCAGACUUGGCCAAGCUUGCCAUGAUGCUGCUGGGCGCUUACCACCGCAAGCUGCUGGACCCAGACUCGCUGAAGAUCAUGCUGACCCCACUCUUCAGGUGUGAUAAGGACUACUUUGCAAACCGUACCGGGACGCCGUGGGAAGUGAAUGAGCUGAUGGGCUACGAGGUGGUGCGUAAAGAUGGUGAUCUGGACGGCUACUCUGCCACUUUCUCCCUGGUGCCCAGACUGAAGCUCGGUCUGGUGGUGCUAAUGGCUGGCAGCCGGUCUCAGAACCAGGAUGUGGUCACCAAGGCCUACAACCACAUCAUCCCAGCCAUAGAAAAAGCCUUCAGGGAGGCCAAGAAGGUCCUCUUUGCUCCCCCAAACCCAGAACCUUACAUUGGCUUUUUCACCUACAGCAACAUCACCUUCUAUGAGAUCAAAGUCGGGCCAGACGGCGUUCUCAUCAUGCAACAGUUUGGGCCUCAGAUUGAAGAGUUGAUCCCAGAGAAGUACAGGACAAUAAAGCUCAACUACCUGGUUGACCGGGUGUUCAGAGUGGUUUUUGAAAAAGAGUACCCUUGUGUUUUGCAAGUUGGCACAGCCUCAGUGUCUCUGGAAGCCCAAGAUGGCCAAUUAUUUAACUUCUACACGUUUGACAAGCAGGGUUUGUCCCCUGGUUUUGAUGCACCAGGACUAAACACAUAUAAUGUGGUCAGAAUAGCCCGCAGGCCAUCCUUCUCGAGCUGAACUGCAGCAAUGCUGCGCCCUAAAGACAAAUGGUGUGUCCUUUGGAUAUGUGAGGGACUGUAAACAAAAAAGUGGCUGUGACCAAAUGGAAAAGCUGGGGUCGUUUUGGUAGUUAAAGUGUGCUCUGAUUUACAGAGACCACAAAGAGGGGCGGAAAUAUGUAUAAUGUUUUGCACAGAAAAUGAAAUUAAGAAUUAAUUUAUCUGCUGAAUGAUGUAUAUAACGUCGUCCUUACACUGGUCCUUCAUUAUGCCUCUGAACAUUCCCAUUAUGGCGAUACAGUACUUGUGUGCUUGUUUCCUGCUUUAAUUUAAAUCGCUUUUGUGGUCUUGGUCUCCCCUGUCCUUGAGUUUUCAUGAGAAACAACAGCAGAACACUUGCUUAAAUCAAACUCAUGUUGUGCUCAUUUGCAUGAAUAUUUACAUGCAUCUCCUUUUAAAUUCUUCCAUGACUAUGACUGCAGUUCCACGAAAUCAUCAACUCAUACAUGUUUGUAUUCCACUGGCAAAGGAAAAAAAUAUAUAAUUUCUUUGUGUACACAUGAAUUACGCUUGUGACCGGUAAAAUCAAGGCACUUUCUUGGCAGUGGAGUUGCCACAAGUAAGGAACUGCUGAUUUAAUGUUGACAUGCACUUACAUGUGACCAAGAUUCAAAAUAUUUUGGAUCCCCAAUAAGAAGCGAUUAAGGACAGAGAGGCUUUCAGUUGCCUGUGUGGCUCUUUGCUGUUUAAUCCCUAAAAAUGGACUCAAAUUUGUCCCGACCUCUAACACCAAUAUGAAUAAUACACUGCCUUGACGGCUGCAGGAACAUGUACGAAAAUAACAUUCAUAAGCCAAAGGCUGAUAUUUUUCCUUUUAUAUUAGAUUGUGUGUCUGGGAGUGAGAUGGAAAUGGAAUAGAUAUUGAAAAUAUAGCUUAGUCUGGAAGCAUCAGGUGCAAUGAGUGAUAUUGAUGGAAUGAAUGUGAAUACAAUCCUGCCUAAACAUGUAUCUACUGUAUCGACUUCCUCCAGCUAUUGAUGAAAUAUUGAAAGUGAAUUGCAUUUAAAUAUAAAAUGCAUUGUUGUCACAACUCAUUCUGUAUGAUGAUGGGAAGAAAACUAAUAAUUAUAAUAAUUUGGAACAUGCAGUAUUGCCAUAUUGAAACAAAUUAUGUUAGCAAUUUGUAAUUGCUAUUAUACCAUGUGUUGAUUCUCUGCUAUUGUUGAGGCUUGUUAUUUUGAUGUAGCCUGCAGAAAAGCAACAAUUACAAAUUUCAAUCAUGAUGAUGAAUAAAACACUUGAGAAUAACGCAACAUUCAUAUUUCAGCUAUUAAAGUAACAAAACAUCAAACUUAACCAGCAAAUAGCUAUUUUUUUUAAACCUAUGCUUCAACAUUUAUUUUGUAGCUUCUCAAUUAGGCAUUGCACAAUAGCCAUAAUCAGUUUUCAUCUUUGCAACCAUCGCAAACAAGAGCUUUUCAAUCACUCAAAUCAUGUACAUGAUUGCUGGCCAUGCACUAUCAGUCAAAACAAGAUUAGGAAAAGUUCACAGUAAAGCAUUACAUUCUGUUUUUUACAAGUUUCACAGAAACACAGAGAACAUUUUACCAGGAUUUUGCUGCCCAGCAACACAUCAAUUUUCCAAAUAACGACAAAAAUAAUCAAGUAUAAGACAUUAUCCUUCUGAUCACAUUGUCCCACUUUCUCUCUAGAUUCACCCUCUAAGGCAUACAGCAGUUAAAUAAUAAGACAGCAGGUGGAAAAGGCAGGCACUGUUGAACAAUGUUAUCCAUAGUAACAAACAAGUCAAACCAAA